UCCUGACCCCCGGAAUUGGGCUGAACUUCAGCUCUAAACUGUGGUCCAGCGGAGGCAGUCUUGAAAGCCUGCGCCCUCUCCUGCUAAGUGCUGACGCCCCUGGCUGUCCCCAGGAGGUGGUGGCCCAGAGCCUAGCGGCCUGCUGCAGGAGGCUCCCCUCUCCGGGCGCUCAGCACAAGUGCAGGGAGAAGUCAGCCGACCACAGCCCCUCCCGGAGGGCUCUUCCUUCUCCUGGCCCCGGGGUCCUGAUUCUGACGGAGAGGGAAGAGUCCCCUUCGGCUUAAACCCAGACUGACGCACCUGAGACCCGCAGACUCACUUUGUCUGGGCCUCUGCAGGCCGCCGCGUUCCGGGCCGCGCUCCAGGGAGGGGUAAAUCCACUUGCACGUUUGUGGGUGCGGUGCUGCCCCCCACCCGUGAUGUCCCUCCGGCACCUGCUCUGUGCUGCGGCCUCCCGGCGGCCGGCUCCCGUGAGAUGCAGACGAGGCAGCCCCCUGCACACGGCCCCGGCGGCCUGUUCGGACACGAGUGCCCCCGUGUUCAGCCGGGCCCUGGCCUUCGGGGACCGGAUUGCCCUUGUUGACCAGCACGGCCGCCACACGUACAAGGACCUCUACCACCACAGCCUCCGCCUGUCCCGGGAGCUGUGCCGGCUCCUCGGGUGUGCCGGCAGGGACCUCCAGGAGGAGAGGGUCUCCUUCAUGUGCUCCAAUGACGUCUCCUACGUGGUCGCGCAGUGGGCCUCGUGGAUGAGCGGGGGCGUCGCUGUCCCCCUCUACAGGAAGCACCCGCAGGCCGAGCUGGAGUAUGUCAUCCGGGACUCCCGGAGCGCCGUGGUCCUUGCUGGCCGGGAGUACGUGGAGCUGCUGGGCCCGGUGGUCGGGAGGCUGGGGGUCCCACUGCUGCCCCUCCCGCCCACGGUCUACGGUGCGGCGGCCGAGGCGCCCGGGGAAUGGCGGGUGCCGGAGCAGAACUGGAGAGACCGAGGCGCCAUGAUCAUCUACACCAGCGGGACCACAGGGAGGCCCAAGGGCGUCCUGAGCACUCAUCACAACAUCAGGGCCAUGGUGAGUGCUCGCACGCCAUUGUGCUGGGGCCCCUGGGGUCGGUCUGGCUUUCCUGUCCUUUUCUGGGGGGGGGGGGGGCCUCUCGCGGCUGCCCCCGUCCUACCGACCCUGCCGGCAGCACACGGCGAGACGGGACCGCCCGCCCCGCCACCCCGGGUGGGGCGGCUCUGGGAAAGGGGGCUCACUCGGGUGUAGGGGGUUUUGGCGGCCCCCCGAGGGGCUCCGUGGGGCCGUGCCGCAAGCGAGAGACCGAACGUGCCCCGACACGCGACGUUGAGGGGUUUCGGGGAGAGCAGCCGUGAGGCGAAUGUUCGAGACGCGUGAUCGGCACCUGAAAUGGGGUUUCUUUGGGAAACCUGAAAACAGGAACUCAUGGGCCCCACACCUUGGGUGUGACUUUUGUGUUCUGUGGCCUCGGCAUCUCUGGGAAACUCCCCAGCCGCUGUGUUUACCUUUAAUGUACAUCCUUCCUACUUCUGGAAACCGUUUGCGUGGAUGAUAAAGACCCUCACACGCUAGGAACAGUAAAAUAGAACCGAUGCUCGGGA